AUGUCAGGGACGGAUAUUAUCAUGUCGCUAGGUGACUAUAACCUUCCUAACCUCAACUGGCAGCUAGAUGAAGAUAUCAAUGGUUAUGUCCCCUCGAACGCUUCGUCCGAGCAAGAAUUGACACUUGUUGAAACGGUUUUCGCUUCUGGCCUGCAGCAAAUCAACAACAUAGUCAACGUUGAUGGUCACCUUUUGGACUUAGUGUUUGUUAGUCUAUCUGAUUAUUUUGAGCUCGUCCAAUCGCCUGUUCCACUCAUGGAUGUUGACAGCUAUCACCAGCCGUUCGUUGUUCUACUCAGCGCCAACAACGAUCUACCUGCAGUAAUCGAUGACAUAACCGCGGAUGCCAGCUUCAACUUCCAGCGUUGCGACUUUGCUGCGCUGAAUGCAUCGUUAUCCCUUGUCAGAUGGGAGAUUCACAUGGACAGUUCGGUAGACGAAGCGCUCAUGACUUUCAAUGACAAGCUUCACGAGAUCCUCGGUGACUGCGUUCCACGCUCUCGACACAAAACUCGUUCCGUUCACAACAAGCCGUGGUGGACUCCCGAACUUCGUAAUCUUCGCAACGUUCUACGGAAGGCUCGCACUCGCUUUUUCUCCUCGAAGUCCACUGAUGACAGAAGCUUCCUCCGCGACGUGGAGAAUAGGUACAGCUCUCUUUUGCGCUCUUCAUACGAUAGUUACGUGUCUAGCAUCCAGUCCCGGGUGAAACAUGAUCCUUCCUCCUUCUGGAGCUUCAUUAAACGGCAGCGUUCCGACAAUAGAAUACCGGCUAAUAUGGAAUACAGGGGAGUUAAAGCGCACACUAACACUGAGGCAGCCAAUCUCUUUGCCGUCUUCUUCGAAAGCGUUUUUACUCGCGCAUCACCAGUGCCACGUCGUGAUAGAUUUGUGAACAUGCCGGUGUUUAAUAUCCGCCUUCCAACCAUGCAGCUGUCUGUGGAGGAAGUGAUCAGGGCUCUCGAAGAUCUCGACGCCGAAAAAGGACCAGGAGCCGACGGUCUUCCUCCUGUGAUGUUUAAGAAUUGCGCUGUUGCACUUGCGUCCCCCAUUACGGAUAUAUUUGGGGCUGUCCAUUAA